UGUCACCGCUUCUCGGUGAUGUCAGAGCACCUAGCUCAGAAGGCAGUCACCAGUCGGUGACUUGCACGUUUCGUUCACCCCACCGCUCUGGGGAGCUGGCAGAAGCCCUCAGACGAGCAAUUCCUGGAAUGUCGUGCUUGAGGAUGUGCGGGAUUGCAGCAGACACUGAUGGUUUUGUUCCAGGACUGUGCUGAGGCUGCUUAGGACUGCCGCGGUGACACGGACACGUGCUGAGCAGCAGUGCUCUGGGGACGGGAGGGCUGAUGCUCGAUGCGAUAACCACGGUGGAGAUGGAGCCAAGAUGGGCAGUGCUGCUGUGUCGUGUUACUAUGUGGGCAAGCUGCUGUAACUGGUUUUGCCUGGAUGGCUCACCUGAAGAGAUGCAGCCACAGCCAGAGCAGGGAGCCGGAGCCCAGGCCUACUCCAACCCUGGGUACAGCUCCUACCCAUCUCCCACUGCUUCUGAGGAGAGCUGUAAAGCCUGCGGGGCGCACUUCGACAAUUCCUCAAGAAAGCAUAUCUGCUUGGACUGUAAGAAAAAUUUUUGUACGUCCUGCUCAAACCAGACUGAAGGUGGUCCCCUCCUCUGCCACCUCUGUCAGCGUUUCCGAGCCACAGCUUUUCAGCGGGAAGAGCUGAUAAAGAUGAAGGUGAAGGAUCUGCGAGACUAUUUGGCACUCCAUGAGAUUUCCACAGAGUUGUGUCGUGAAAAGGAGGACCUGGUAUUUCUGAUUCUUGGCCAGCAGCCAGUAAUUAACCAGGAAGAUCAGAUAAGAACAAAUCCAUUUAAUACUAGUGCCUCUGGACAGCAAGACUUUGUGAUUCUCCCACCAACCAGCACAGCAUCUUCUACCUCACGUGAUGCGUCUCCAGCGUCUGCAGAUUCCAUCUCAAGUUCACAAGCUCAGGAACAUCAACAGGCAAUUGAGUAUGUGUCUCCAAGCCAAGUCGAUAUGACAGGAGUUGGGAAUGCACCAGAAGCACCAACAGAGGAGGAGACACAGUCUACCCACUCGGGAGAUAACCUGGUGCUGGGGAGGAAGGCUUCUCUUUCUGAUCUAACAAGCAUUGGAGACAUCAAUGCACUGUCUGUGCGACAGCUGAAGGAAAUUCUUGCUCGCAACUUUGUCAACUACAAAGGCUGCUGUGAAAAGUGGGAGCUGUUAGAGAGGGUGACUCGUCUUUACAAAGAGAAAGACCUUCAGCAUCUAGUUUCUGACACUGACGAUCAAACAGGUGGUGCUGGGCUCCCUGGCAUGGAGGACAACCUCUGCAAAAUCUGCAUGGACUUACCCAUUGACUGUGUCCUGCUAGAAUGUGGCCACAUGGUCACCUGCACCAAGUGUGGAAAGCGAAUGAGCGAAUGUCCCAUAUGCAGGCAGUAUGUGAUAAGGGCUGUUCAUGUCUUUAAGUCCUAAGCGGAAGACUGGAGAUGCCUUAAAGCCUCAUCUGCUGUUAGGGAAAUGGUCAAAAUUACUACAAAUAAUUAGGUCAGAGAUUAGGAUGUGGACCGUAUUGGAAGCUGGAAGUGAGGGAAGAAUGAAGCUUGGGGAAAAUUGCUCUUACUCAAGCUAUGUUUGGCUGUGCCCUUUCCGCUGUACCGUUUUACACCACAGUGCCUGGACUCCUUGGAGGUUAUUGCCAGCAGCAGACAGAAAUAAUUAACAACCACCAUUCUAGAGUAACUUGAUCCACUGGUGGGAGAUAAGCAGAUGCCUGUCUUUCCACCACAAAUAUUAGAUACUGAAGCUUCUGAUUUUCCCCUGAAUAAUAAACAAAAUAGACUGGGGUCUCAAAAAGUGGUGUGUUUUGCUGCUACUGAAUUCUGAUUCUACUUCCCCCAUGUUGUUUUUAUGCAACAUACUACUUACCGUCAAUUUAAUUUUCAAUAAAUUUUUUUUCAAUUUAACUUCUUAUGCUUGCAGGACAGGCAGCCUGCCUCCAAUUUCCGUAUUCAGAAUGAGCUUAAUUCCAGCUUGGUAGGAUUGUGGAAAAAUGUACCAUUUUAUUUGAAGGUGGGCUCUGUAUUACUGAAAAAUGUAAGGGGACUGAGAGGCUGUGAAACAUACAGCCUUAUCUUGCCUGGUGUUUUUUUUUUGUGCCACUAGGAGGGGAAUAUCUCGUUUGCCUGCUGUUAAUUUGUUUGAAUUCAUAAGCUUCCUUACAAUAUAUGCCAGUAGUUGCUUUAAAAUUGGACUGACUUCAUGUGAUUAAGGAGUUAAGAAGCUACGGCUUGAGUCUUUCUGGUUUUGUGAGAAAAACAUACAGCUGAAGUGUAAGAAUUCUAUUGCUACACAAUCAUAUUUUAAGUACAGGUGACUUUCUUUUUAAAAGAGACAUGAAAGAAAGCAGAGGCAAACUUCAUUUCCCCUGAAUCAAUAAAAUGAGCAGAAGUGAAGUGCAGAGGCUUCUGUGUAUUAAUCAGCUUCCCUUUUUUCAGUUUUAGUCCUCUUGCAUUAAGCCUGCUUAGCAAGAACAAUUUAUUUUGUGAUCUUUGUGAGGGUGGAUAAGAGACUCUGUGGUCUGACAGGUGACAAUCACAAGAUCUUAGAGCUAUCCUCGUGAAGAGCAUGUUCCUUUGGAAGCCUUACUACAGAAAACUGUAACUAGCCUAUUUUUCCCUCAGUGGCCUGGGAGUAGCCCAUCCAUUUGGCUGGUAACGUGUAUAAGUUUCAGAAUCUUGAUGCCUUAAUUUUUCAGCCACUGUGGUACUGUAUACUCAGUUCAAGUAAUGUGUGAAGUUGAGUACCUUCUGCUGCAGGCUUUUCCUAUCCAACUUUCCCCUUUAUGCUCUGAUGAUCAUUGAGCGUUCAAACACACUCUGCAUGGGUGUCAGAGGAACAGCAUAAAAACAAGUGUUGACUUAAAGCCUCUGGAGUACUGGAAAGUGCAGUUGUAGAAACGAUCACCAAAGCUCUCUACUUUUGCAAUAAGUGGUAAUGAGUUAACAGUAAAUUAAACUUCUGUAAUAUUUAACAUGGAAUAUCACAUGAGUAGCAACUCACUUCUCAACUGGCACAGAGUGGAGGGUCUCUACUUUGCAAGUAGGAGUUAAGCGCUUAAGACAAGAAAUCUGUCACUCAGUAGUUAACAGAACCUCUGCACUAUUGAGGUGGCCUCUGAACUCAAUAAAAAUAAGCUGCUGAGGCUUAUUUAAAUGAAAAUGCUGAGUUUCACCUCUUCCCCUGUUCAGGUUGUUCUCUAAUCUUCGGCUUAAGGUUUAACAGCUUCCAGCAUGAGAAGAGAACUGAUACCAUUCAAUGCAUCAUGUUAAAAAAAAUAUGCAGGUAAGCAUUAACUGUAUUUACUCUUCAAGAGGUACAGGAAUAUACAUGCAAAGCUUUGAACAGCCUCAUUAGUAAAUUCACUGUGAAAAUUUAUGUCCUUUUUCGAUAAACUCAGGACUGGGGGGGUAUUUAACAGGAAGAAGAUUAUUCUCCUGUGGACAGAUCUACUUUUAUUGUAGAGAGUAGGUUUAUUUUCUACAACAGAUAAAUCAAGUUGCACAUCGAUGGUUGAAAUUUUAGCAAUGAGAAGAUAUACCCACCAUGAGUCUGAAGUGUGCUUUCUGAAGGGAAAAGCACUUUUUUUUUUGACUACACUGUUUCCCUUGCAAAAAUGCUUUCUCUUUCAUGGAUAUGACUGACUUGUUUUUAAAGGGAAAUCAAAAUCUGGAAGAAACUGAUUAAUAAUCCAAAGGAAUAUAAUGAUCUAAACUAAUAAAGUAAACGGAGAUAUUUAUGUGCUUUAUGUACACUGUACAUGGUUUAAAUAUUUUAAGGUUAAUAUUCUACUUGAAAUGGCAUGUUUUUCUCUAUUAAAAAAUCCUCUUGGUACUACAAUGGUUAAACCUACUAGUUUUGGUACAGAAGUUUGGUUUAUAAUUUUAUAAUAAACUUGAAAUGUGAUUUA